UCAACUAGCCAGGAUGGUUUUGCAAGAUCUCGGACGCCGCAUCAAUGCCGCCGUCAACGACCUGACCAGGUCUGCCACUCUGGACGAAAAGGCCUUUGAUGGAAUGAUCAAGGAGAUCUGCAACGCUCUUGUUGAAGCAGAUGUCAACAUCAAGCUGGUCGCCGGUCUGAGAAACUCCAUCAAGAAAUCUGUCAACUUCAGCGAACUCGCUCCUGGUGUGAACAAGAAGCGCAUUAUCCAGAAGGUGCCCAAAUCUGUCUUUCUUUGUAUCUUUCAUCGNGCUGUCUUCGAUGAACUCGUCAAACUUGUCGACCCUCACAACACUCCCUACCAGCCCAAGAAGGGCAAGUCCAACGUUAUCAUGUUCGUCGGUCUCCAGGGUGCUGGUAAGACCACGACUUGUACCAAGCUCGCCCGCUGGUACCAGGCUCGAGGCUUCAAGACUGCUCUGGUUUGCGCCGAUACCUUCCGUGCUGGUGCCUUCGAUCAGCUGAAGCAGAAUGCCACCAAAGCGAAGAUCCCCUACUACGGUAGCUUGACCCAGACCGACCCCGUCAUUGUCGCCAGAGAGGGUGUCGACAAGUUUAAGAAGGAGAAGUUUGAGAUCAUCAUUGUCGAUACUUCGGGUCGUCACAGACAAGAGCAGGACCUAUUCGAUGAGAUGGUUCAAAUCCAGAAGGCUGUUACUCCUCACCAGACCAUCAUGGUUCUCGACUCUUCCAUUGGUCAGGCUGCUGAGGCUCAGUCCAGAGCUUUCAAAGAGACUGCCGACUAUGGUGCCAUCAUCAUCACAAAGACUGAUGGUGCUGCCGCUGGUGGUGGUGCUAUCUCUGCCGUCGCUGCUACACACACUCCCAUCGUCUUCAUCGGUACUGGUGAACACUUGCUGGAUCUCGAGAGAUUCAACCCUGAAUCNUUUGUCUCGAAGCUGUUGGGCAUGGGCGAUAUGGCUGGCCUGGUUGAGCACGUCCAAAGCUUGAAACUUGACCAGAAGGACACCAUGAAGCACAUUGCUGAGGGCCAAUUCACCAUCCGUGACUUGCGCGAUCAAUUCAACAACAUCAUGAAGAUGGGUCCUCUUUCCAAGAUGGCUGGUAUGAUUCCUGGUCUUAGUGGUCUCAUGGGACAAAUGGACGAUGAAGAGGGCAGCAUGAAGCUGAAGCGCAUGAUUUACAUUUGCGACUCCAUGACAGCAAAGGAACUCGACUCUGAUGGCAAAAUCUUCGUCGAUCAGCCAUCUCGUAUGACCCGCGUUGCAAAGGGUAGCGGUACCAGCGUUCGCGAGGUCGAAGAACUUUUGUCCCAGCAAAAGGUCAUGGGCGGCAUGGCCAAGAAGUUCAAGGGAGGCAUGCAGAACAUGCAGAAAGCACAGGGCGCCAUGGGCGGCAAGAACAACCAGCAGCAGAUGGCCGCCAUGCAGAAACGCCUUCAGUCGAUGGGAGGUGGCAGAGGCGGCGGUGGUGCUGGUGGCAUGCCAAACCUCGGCGGCAUGGAUAUCGGUGCCAUGAUGCGCCAGAUGGGCAUGGGUGGCGGUGCUGGAGGUGGCGGCGGUAUGCCAGACAUGAGCGCUAUGAUGAACAUGAUGAAGGGCAUGGGUGGAAUGGGUGGCAUGGGCGGUAUGGGAGGAGCUGGCCGUGGUGGCAGAAGA